CGGAGGAAAGUGUACCUUUGCUCUCCUAGAUCUACUACAAGUGAUCAUCACGCCAGACAGCUUGCGUACGGGGGUUACAGGAGGAUCCGUGUGUGACUGCCCUGUUCAGCAUCCCCCUGUCAGUUCAGUCUUUUCCUUGCAUGCUUUUUCUUUUCCUCCUCUAGUCCUUUGAAGGAUUCUCCCUUUUCAAACAAAUCCAAAGGAGUUUGUCUGGCUUUAGUGAGGCAGCUUGUGAGCAGGCGAGCUGGGACAGAAGUUCUCUGUCAGAAACUAUUCACUUUCAUUAGCAAAAGUGUUCUGGCUCUCCUCAGAGGAAUACCUCCCUGCAUAAAAUGAGUGGAUGUCGAAAACGGUGUAAACGUGAAAUACUGAAAUUCGCCCAGUAUCUUCUCAGGCUAAUUACAGGGUCUCUCCAUACAGACAGCGUAGAAGAUGAAAUGGAAAUGGCCACUGUGCGGCAUCGACCCGAAGCCCUCGAACUGCUGGAAGCACAGAGCAGAUUCACAAAGAAGGAGCUUCAGAUUCUGUACAGAGGGUUCAAAAACGAAUGUCCCAGUGGGAUUGUUAAUGAAGAGACCUUCAAAGAGAUUUACUCUCAGUUCUUCCCACAGGGAGAUUCCACAACAUACGCACAUUUUCUGUUCAACGCAUUUGACACAGAUCACAACGGAAGUGUGAGUUUUGAGGAUUUUGUUAUGGGCCUUUCAAUUUUACUCCGGGGGACGGUGCAAGAAAAACUCAACUGGGCUUUUAAUCUGUAUGAUAUAAAUAAGGACGGUUGUAUAACUAAAGAGGAAAUGCUGGAUAUUAUGAAAGCUAUAUAUGAUAUGAUGGGGAAAUGCACUUAUCCUGUUGUCAAAGAAGAUGCCCCGAGACAACACGUGGAAACGUUUUUCCAGAAAAUGGACAAGAACAAAGAUGGCGUGGUCACCAUAGAUGAAUUCAUUGAAAGCUGCCAAAAAGAUGAAAAUAUAAUGCGUUCCAUGCAGCUCUUUGAAAACGUGAUCUAACUCAACGCGGUUCUUUCUUCAAUAAAUGGACGGUAUGAACAAUCCUGCAACAACAAAUCC